AUGAAUCUAACCGGUAGGGAAAUCCGGAUCAUUUCGCUGAUCGCGCUCGACACCGCUUUUUUCUUGCUGGAGAUCAUCGUUGGAUACACGGCGCACUCGCUAGCGCUCGUCGCCGAUUCUUUCCACAUGUUGAACGACAUUUUCUCGCUCGUGGUAGCGCUGUGGGCCGUUCGUGUUGCCAAGAACAAGGGCGCUGACGCUAAGUACACUUAUGGGUGGAAACGGGCCGAAAUCUUGGGUGCACUGAUAAACGCGGUUUUCCUUAUCGCACUGUGCAUGUCGAUUUUGAUUGAGGCUAUCCAACGGUUUUUCGAGCCCCAGGAAGUCAAGAGUCCAAAGUUGGUGCUUGGUGUCGGUUCCGCUGGGCUUGUUUCCAAUAUCGUGGGCCUUUUCUUGUUCCAUGAACACGGUCACUCGCAUGGCCAUUCCCACGACCAUUCCCACGACGAUGGCGCUCACGACCAUGACCACGACCAUGCAGCCGACGAAGAACAAGGUCACAUGACUUCGCCCUCGCAAUCACCAUCCAUGGACCAACUCAGUGACUCUCGUCCGAUCAACGAUAUGCUUCCAUCCUCUGUUGUCGAAUCAUUCAGCCCCGAGAGAACGCCUUUGCUUGCGUCGAAAGAUGCCACUGCGAAUGCUCAUGACCACGAUCACGACCACGACCACAAGAAGGGUUCUGGCAAGUCUUUGAAUAUGCAUGGCGUUUUCUUGCAUGUUUUGGGUGACGCCCUCGGUAACGUCGGUGUCAUGGCCACCGCGCUGUUUAUCUGGAAAACUGACUAUUCUUGGAGGUUUUACUCCGAUCCACUUGUCUCUCUUGUCAUUACCGUCAUCAUUUUCUGCUCUGCUUUGCCACUUUCAAGAAAGGCGUCGCGCAUCUUGCUGCAAGCCACUCCAACGAGCAUAUCCGCAGACAGAGUCCGUCAAGAUAUCAUGAAUAUAAAUGGUGUCGUUUCCGUGCACGAUUUCCACAUCUGGAACUUGACCGAGAACUUUUCAAUUGCUUCCAUUCAUGUUCAAAUUGAUGCUACACCAGACCAAUUCAUGGAAGUGGCCAAACUCAUCAGAAACAUUUUCCAUCGUUACGGAAUUCAUUCUGCCACUGUUCAACCUGAAUUUAUCCAUGGAAAUCUGGGUCCCGACACUUACCGUCGAUUUUCCAGAAUCGCAGGCGGUGGUACUUAUGGCUCUUCUAUGUCCUUAGAUAACCCUACUGCUGACACCUCCGCAUACGGUGCUACAACUAGUGAAACAAGGUGUAUCGUGGACGAGGCUGCACAGUGUAACGCCGACGAAUGCUUGCCUCCUGCUAAUUAA